AUGGCGACAAGUGACUAUUCGACACGAACAGCAGUUUUACUUGAUACGGUGCAUGAGCAUGAUCACGAACAUGACCAUGAUAUGCAUCAUGACAUGGAUCUUAAUAGUUAUGUUCGACCAACGAAUGAAACAAAUACUACCAGUGGUGCUGAUCAAACAAAUUUAGAUCAAUCUAUUUCACCAAAUAAACCCAAUUCAGAGGUAUCAUCAAAACGAAAUCGUAUACAAGCCGUAUUUUUAUCACGUAGUAAUGCAAAUGAUAAAAAAACGAGUACAGUAUCAGCUAAUUCAGUUGUUGUACUUUCAAAUCCAACAAAUAAUACAUCUGGUCCAGGUGGUGGAACAAUUAGUAGAGAUGAUAUUUGUGAACCAUCAAAUAUUGUUGCUGCACUUUCUCAACAUGCAAGUGCUGCUAUGCCUGUUGCUUCAUUAGCAUUAUUACCACUACCACAAAAACCACAAUCAACAACUUUAAAUUUAACAUCAUCAACAGCAAAACAAUUUCUUAUUGGUCGUGUUCGUUCACGUUCUAAAUCUGAUCCACAAUCUGUACCUGAUAAAUCACUUUUUUCAAAAUUUUUUCCGAAAAAAACUAAAAAACCUUUAUCUACAUUAUUAACAACAACAACAAAAUCAAUUGAAAAUCAGACAAAUAUAAAUAGUAAUAAAAAACGACAAAAUAUAAAUAAUAAUUUAUUAACAACUAAUUAUCAACGUUCAAAUAAUUAUGAAGAUGACGAUGAUGAACUAGAUGAACGUACUGUAUCUACUGGUUCAUUGUCAGAUAAUGAUCGUCAGAAUAAUAAAAAUGAUCGAAUAGGUGGUAAUCGAAAUUCAAAUACUAAUCGAAAUGGAAGUAGAACAAGUAGUGGAAGUGGAAGAAACAUUAGUGCUGGACCCAAUGCUCUUUCAUUACCAUCAUCAGAUUCACAAUAUUAUGCAUCAAUGUCAUCAGCACCAACUGGUUUUUCAAUUUCAUAUCAUAAACGUCCGUCGAAAGCUAAUGAUGAUCUACGUUUACAAGCAACACUAGCUCGAAUUCAACAACAAAGUAAACAAGGAACGACAACUGGCGGAGGAACAAGCCAAUUACUGUCACUUUUUCAAGAUCCAAAACGAAGUGGUGCUCAAAGUCCAAUUAAUGUAAAUAGUUCAGCUCGUGUUGGCAAAACACUUUCUGGUCAAACAGGAAUAAGAAAAAAUAGUUCAUCAGAUCAACCAUCAAUAUAUUGCUUACGUCCAACAUCAAGUUCACCAACUCAAGAUGCUGAUGAUACAUUUAUAAGUGAUGAUGAAAUUUAUACACAAUUUAUGAGAACUCAUACAUGUUAUGAUAUAAUGCCAAAAAGUUCUAAACUUGUUGUAUUUGAUACACAAUUAGCUGUUAAAAAAGCAUUCUAUGCACUUGUUCAUAAUGGUGUACGAGCUGCUCCUAUAUGGGAUACAAAAAGACAAAGAUUUAUUGCUAUGUUAACAAUAACAGAUUUUAUUCUUAUAUUACAAAAAUAUUAUAAAGAACCGAAUGCUAAAAUUGAAGAACUUGAAGAACAUAGAAUUGAAACAUGGAGAGAAGUUUUACGUGAAUAUGAAAAACCAUUAUUAUCUAUUAAACCUACUGAUAGUUUAUAUGAAGCAGUUCGUACUUUAAUAGAAAAUCAUGUACAUCGUUUACCUAUUGUUGAUCCAAUAUCACAUAACGUUAUAUUUAUUUUAACACAUAAACGUAUAUUACGAUUUCUUUAUUUAUACAUUUAUGAUUGGCCACAACCAGCAUAUGUGUCGAAAACAUUGGAAGAACUUAAUCUUGGAACAUAUCAUGAUAUGCAUAUUAUUGAUGAAAAUACAACAGUAAUUGAAGCACUUAAUCAAUUUGUCAAAUAUCGUAUAUCAGCAUUACCUGUUGUUGAUAAUCAACGAAAAUUAGUAAACAUUUAUUCAAAAUUUGAUGUUAUUGGUUUAGCUGCUGAUAAAACGUAUACAAAUUUAAAUAUGACAAUAAAAGAAGCAUUAUCUUAUCGUAAAGAACGUCUUGAAACAGUUGCUAAAUGUUAUAAAAAUGAAACAUUAGCAACAUGUAUGGAACGUAUUGUUAAAGCUGAAGUUCAUCGUUUAGUUGUUGUUGAUAAUGAUGAACAUGUUAUUGGUGUACUUUCAUUAUCAGAUUUACUUAAUUAUAUUGUUAUACGUCCAACUAAAAUUCAACCAUCAAUAUCACCUCUUCCAUCAACAACAAUAACACAUCUUGUACCAACAAUAAAUGUAUUUAAUGAAGAUGAUCCUGUUAUAGAAGAAGAUGAAAACAUCGACGAUGAAGCAAAAGAAAUAAAGACAAAUUAA